AUGAUGGGGAUGCAUUCCUAUUCUUCAAACAACUCGGUUAUAGCACGUUCAUCACCACCAUGGCCACGACCACCGCCGCCACGGCCACCAUCUCCACGGCCACCAUCGCCACGACCACCAUCUCCACGGCCACCAUCGCCACGACCACCAUCACCACGACUGAUUACUAACUACGGAAUCCGGCUUGUGGGCGGACGCAUUCCUAGCGAGGGUCGUGUGGAGGUCUACAACGGUGUGCAAUGGGGCACGGUUUGCGAUGAUGGUUUUGGUGAUAGAGAGGCUUCGGUGGUUUGCCGGGAGUUAGGGUAUAGAAUCGGCGUCGCCUUGCCAACUUUCGGGGGUGGCUCCGGAACCAUUUUGAUGGAUGACGUGUCUUGUUCUGCCUCCCCGACACCAGCCCGGCUGUACCAGUGCUCCUUCAGGGGCUGGGGUGUUAACAACUGCGACCACAGCGAGGAUGUCGGCGUCAGUUGCUAUGGUGUUUACUCGCUCAGACUCGUGGGUGGAAAUUCGCCUUCUGAGGGCCGUGUUGAGAUUUACGACGGCACACAGUGGGGCACCGUUUGUGACGACUAUUUCACCGACGUAGAAGCUUCAGUGGUUUGCCGGGAGCUGGGGUAUCUGGGCGGCUAUGCUGUCUCAGGAUGGGGCGGAGGCUCUGGACCUAUUCUAUUGGACAAUGUGGUCUGCACUUGGACCGACACUCGGUUGUACCAGUGCAACUCCAAUGGCUGGGGAAUUCACAACUGCGUCCACUCCGAGGUGUGCACGAUGUGA